UAUUCUUGUUACAAAGUUCAAAUAAGUUUAGUUUUGCGUCAAAUAAUCGUGCUUGUUACAAUUUAUAAAUUCUUUUCAUUAUUCUAGUUGUAUCGUUGGUUUAACUUUUUAGAGACUGAAAUUUUUGUCAUAAGUUUAAACUUCUAGAGAUUUAUCAUGCCUGGAGCAAACUGCGCAGUUUAUGGCUGUGGAAGUAGUAGGUAUAAAAAACAAGGAGAAGAUACAGUUAGUAUUUUUAAACUUCCAAACCCAAAUAGAAGCGAACUUUUCUCAAAUUGGAAUAAAGAAAUACUGAGAAUUAUCACAAGAGAUAGAGUUGUAUCCCUUGAUUUUAAAAAACAAAUCAAAAAGAAUAGUGUUUAUAUAUGUGAAAAGCAUUUUGAAUAUUCAGAUAUAUACACCUAUCAACACAAAAAAGAAUUAAAAGAAUUUGCACUUCCAUCAAAAAACUUACCAAAAAAAACUUUAUCUGAAGAUCUCACUGUGCAUCGUAAAAAAACAGCACUUGACAAACGAGCUAUGGCUUUAGCAUUACACGGUAGUAAAAAAGUAGAUAAAAAAUUAAUUUAUAAUGAUUUUGAACAGUUUCUUAAAAAAAUUAAAGUAGCAGCAUUUACUACAUGGACUGUUGAAACUUCACAAAACUAUGUGUUAUUUAAAGUUAUUGAUGGGAAACAUUUCAUACCAGAAAUUGAGCUACAUGUGGAUGAGAGUCUAGCUUAUACUAUUCGAGCUUAUGGUUGGCUUUUACCAGACACCCAUCAAAUUUAUAAGAGUAAUUUACGAUCUGUGCGAUACACCAUGAUAUCACAAUUUCUCAAUCACAUUCGUGAUUUCUAUCUGUGCAAUGGAAUAUCAUCCAAUGAAGUAGAAAAUUUUUUGCUUGUAAAGAGACAUGUCGUUAGCAAACUAUUUUCAAUCGAAGAUGAAAAAUGUGAUGAUGGUCCUACAAAUGAAACAGUGUAUUUCAGAUCUUCUACAUGCAGUAUUCUACAAAUUGAGUCAAGCAUUUGUAAAGAAUGUAAAAUAUUAACUAUAAAUAGUAGCAAAGCCAUUAAUGCAAAAAAGAAAAUCUUAAAAACUCCAGCUAGUAUUAAAGCUCCUGUUAAAUAUACUGCGCCUGAAAGAUUACUUCUUACUCUCCAAAAUCAAAGAUCUGAAAAUAGAUAUUUAAAAAAGCAAAUUUUGGAACUCAGGCAAGCCAUUGAAAAAAAUGCAGUAUCAGUUGGAGAAAACAUCCAUCAAGAUCUUCAAAAAAUUAUCAAUAGUUUCUCAGAAAAGGUAAAUUUAAAUAGAGGAGUUUCGUCUUUCAUGAAAUUAUUCCUUUCAGAACAGUUAAAAUAUUUAACAGAACACCCAUCUCAAACACGAUACCAUCCAAUGGUAACAAAAUACUCUUUAGCUUUGUAUGCAAAAUCUCCAGCUGCAUAUGAUCUUCUGCAUUUACAAAAAGGUGGAAAAGGUAUACUUGUUUUGCCUUCUCAACGCACUUUAAGAGACUAUAGAAACUACAUCAAACCACAAAUGGGUUUUAAUAGUCAAUAUGUUCAGGAGCUUGCUAAAUUAGUUUCAAACUUUUCCGCACUUGAACAAUACAUUAUACUUUCUUUUGAUGAAAUGAAAAUUCAAAAUGAACUUGUGUGGGAUAGCACACAGGUGAUUUAAUUGGUUUUGUUGAUC